AUGAUUGAUUCGGUUUACGUUCAGCGGGAUGGACCUUGGGCAGGAUUGUUCAUGGGGAUUGGUUAUGUCAACAUCCAGCACCCCGAUAAGAAACUUCCGAAACAACAAGCACAGACUUGGCUGAUCCCUAAGUAUUAUACGUUGCUUCCCAAGCUCGGUUUUGACACUGUCGAUGCUUGGCUCGACAUCAAAGGAGCCAAAGAUGAUGACAAGUACUGCUUCUACGGAACACGUGUUGGGAUGUACUCCACCGCCAACAAAAAGACAGAAGGCCCUUGGAAGAUCACCGACAAGUUUCCAGCCCUGGGAGCAGCUCAAUUUGAUAUUAUAGAUGCUGCUAUGCAUGUACCAGGGUCAGAUCAUGAAGUGUACUUCUUCCGAGGUACAAAAUACGUGAAAGUCCACAUGGGGGAUAAUCGUAUCACCUCUGGCCCUGCCAACAUUGUUGACAAGUGGCCUGGCCUGGCACAAGCUGGAUUUGACUGUGUUGAUGCUAUCUGGGAGCUCCCAGGAAAUGAGGGCCAGACAAUUUUCUUUCGAGGGUUUAAGUCCGUGAGGGUCAAGGUUGUUAGCCGUGAGGCCGAUCGGAUUAUAUCAGGGCCUGAACCUAUUACGACUACCUGGAAAGGCCUGUGUCCAUGGGUUACUCAAUGA